AUGGCACCUAGCAAAGAUAAGAUUAGCUCAUUACCUAAUUCUUUACUUUCUACCAUUGUUUCCUUGAUACCGUUCAAGGAAGCGGUAAGAACCUCAGUCCUCUCUAAAUGUUGGAUAGACAUUUUUAAGUCUACCUCCAGCAUAGAAUUUGAUGAAUUGUCUUUUGUGAAAGAAUGUCAAACUUAUCGAACCAAACAGGCUCAAAGAAAGGUGUUUCUAGAGUUCGUGAUGCUUUGGAUUGCUAAUCAUACAGAAACUUUCGUGGGUAACUUCUCUUUGAGAUUAUCAAUGCCUGGAAAAGCAAAGAAGAUUGUAAGAAAAUGCAUUUCCUUCGCCACAAAACACGGAGUAAAGGAAUUGGAGCUAAACUUUUGUGAUCCUAAGUUGGAUUGUUAUUUUACUACUAACUAUAUUAAUCAUGAGGCCUUGUUUGAAUUGCCAGCACAUGUUUAUGGCCACACUGGCCUUGAAACUUUGAAGUUGUUUUCAUGCAGCUUUGUUGAGGCUCAAUUGCUUCACUUUCAUGCACUCAAAGAAAUUUCUUUGGGUUGGAUGGAAGUGAAACUCACUACUAUCAAGACCUUGUUGUCAAAUUGCGAGGCGCUUGACAGUUUAAGUCUCAAGAGGUGUUGGAAUUCAGAUGAAUUUGAUUUAGGGGAGGAGAACCUACGGUUGAGAAAGUUGGUCGUGGAUAGAUGCAUGUUUAGAUCUAAUAGUAUUUAUUUCAUAGUCAAUGCUCCAAACUUACGAUAUUUCUAUUAUUCCGGGUUGAAUAAUAACUUUUUGGUCAUGGACAUACGUUCCAAUGUGAUGGAAGAGGAAGUUCUUGAAUUCUGCGUAGAGUAUAUAGGACAUGCUCUUUUUCUCUACAAACUGGUAGAAGAUAUCUCCGGUGUUAGAGCUUUGGUUGUGUCUAAUUACUUCCUUCAGGUUGUUCCCACGGGAGGUUGCCUCCUCCGAAUGCCACGUAGCCUGAAUGUGAGAAGUUUGAUAAUGAAGACAUCUUUGGAUCAAUAUGAGCUUUUAGGAAUCACAUUUUUACUUAACAGAUGCGAUGAAUUAGAGCAUCUCACUAUCGAAUUGAGUCACCCAGGAAAUUAUUUGGUUUAUGAGUUACCAGCCAACUUUAAUCCUGAGAGUUUUUGGACUGAUCAUGCAAAAGUUUAUACAUGCAUGGUAUAUACUCUUAGAGAGGUGGAGAUCAAAGAAUUUAAGGGAUCCAUGAAUGAGAUUCGCAUGCUUACGUAUUUCAUUACUAUUGGGAGAAUCUUGAGAAAAAUGACUAUAUACUUAUCGAAGGAUGAUGUUGUAGAUCGAAAUGGAAGAUAUGGCAAGAACAAAGAAUUUGAAUGUGCCACCGGCCAAUGA